CUUGAUAUUCACAUAACAUCAUUAGACAGCAUGGAAAUUUUACGGGAUAUUUCUUUCCUAAAGAAGGAAUUUUAUCGUUUAGUGAGCAACUAUUGUUUCUUUCUGCACACGACCUGCAAGGUAAAGCGUUUAUAGCUUGUUAGGUAGGUGACCAUAGUCGAAAAGCGCGGCAGGCGCUGAAUGCUUCUUGGGCUCAGUAGAUGGUUUAUUCGCACCUCUUUAUAUGCUCGUUACUCGCCCCUUUGGACUUUUUGUUCAAUUGCUGGUAAUGGCUUGUUCAUGUUCUUCACGUUAUGUUUGGGUACGAGGCGUGCCUGCCUUUGUUUCCUCUUCCAAUCCAUGCCCCACUCUCAUCUUGAUGUAUAAACAUAAUUGAGAAGAGCGGCAUGGAUCAAAAUAUCGUCGUCGAGCUAGUCUGUGUAUCUUAUGCAUGGUGGGACAGAAGCGUUGAGAUGCUAAGUCAUGUCGCGAAGACUCUGGACAUGAGGCUGAUAUAUGAAGCUAUCACGUACCGGCAAUAGGUCAUCAAGGGCUUUCUGACAAAUUCAAAUGCCCGAUCAAGCAUCGUGAGCAGUAUGAGAACCAAGUAUUGAAGCAGAAUUGAGAUAGCCCAGAUGACGGGAUGAUUCGACUAGACGGACAGUGCUUCGAGUCAUAUUUACUUUCAGCAUUUUCAUACGAUUCACAAUUGACAAACACUUCAUCCUUUCACCACAAUUCACUUUCAAAUACUUUUCAGCCUCCCGUUUUGGUUGAUUCCAUAAGUACCUUUCCUUCCUCGUCCAUCCCAGUGGGUCCGCCUCCUACCAACACUUCAAGAACACCACACAUCCGCAACUCCUUGUUUCCACGUCGUUCUUGGUUACUAUCGUUUCUAGUAUCUAAGCGGAAGCGAGCGCAUUCUUUACAUCGCUUGCCCAUAUUGCAGCUCUCUACAGCGCUGAUCCAAUUGGCAAACACCACAUUCAGCAUGAAGCUUCCGGGGAACACGCUCUGGCUGGCAGGAUGUGUAGGCACGGCCGUCGGAUUUACCGGUCCACAGGAGGAUGCAUCGAUGACUCGACCCCAUCACUCAUCACUCAUAUAUGCAUCAAGUCGCGCCCUCGCUCAGCCACAACUCCUGGCAUCCCCUCAUAUGUACGCUUCCAGUCAUACCUUGGCACAAAGACAAGCCACUGUCAGUCCAGCUCUGGCUACAAGUGUCUCUCUUGUUAGCAGCGUUGUCAGUAAAUCGACAGCUGUUGCUCCAACAAAUAUCGUCACUGCCUUAACACCAAGCAAAGACUUGGUUUCCAUUUCCAGCAUUCCCGCCCCUGAUGUUGUCCAAGUUGAGGCUAUCACAACGGUUACUUCCUUCCUUGGAGCCCAGUACGAGAUCAACCGGAUUUGCCAGUGUAGCCUCGACAUCAACUGUGGAAGAAAUCGUGACUGUUACUUCCGUGCUUCCCUCGGUCACUUUCCCAGAUCCGCAGUCCCAAGUACAAGGCCCAACCUCAGGACCCUCAAUUUCCUUUGUGCCAGUCCCGAGCACGACGGCAAAAUCUGCUCCAACAACCGCAACGAGACCAAAGACCGUCCUGUCAGCUGCAGCAUAUAAAUAUCUAGGCUGCUAUGCGGAAGGCCUCAAUGUUCGUGCUCUAGGCGAUGCUUCUUUCCCUGAUGAUGGGAAUACGAUCGAGAGAUGCGUUACAGCAUGUUACCCAUACAAAUACGCCGGAGCCGAGUAUGGUCGCGAGUGCUGGUGCGGUAAUGAGCUGAAGGGCGCCUCGAAAGUCAGCGAAUACGAUUUCUGCAAUAUGCCUUGUGCCGGGAAUGGAGAACAAUACUGUGGCGGUAUCGUGGCGUUGAAUGUCUACGUUGUAGGAGAUGCUCCCUCUGCCUCCUUCAUUCCUGUGACUGUGUCUGGAACGGCAAUCAUGUCCAGAAAGCCGUCUUCGGUCACUGCGACAUCAAGCUCUUCUCAAGUCUCCAUUUCAAAAUCCCCGCAAAGCCAAGCUAUCGUCUCGUCGACUUCCUCAAGCGCAGCUGCUUCUACACGAUCGGCAAGUACAUCGAGCAAAAUCAAUUCCUCCAAGGCCAGCUCUGACUCUCAAUCCUUGACAGCCUCUUCAAUUUCUCUCUCGGCUAUCGCGUCCAGUUCCUCGAGUAAGAUCACGAUUAUUCUCUCAUCGACAUUUGUGACAUCCACUCAAGCUGUCCCGAUUUCUGUCAUCGUCGAUAAUGGAAGCUCGAUGACGACUUCACCCUCAGUACGAACCCAAACUCCGUUGGUGUAUAUGUCCAGCAUUUCUUUCUCGAGCUCAACCACUACGCCCAGUUCCACUCCCCUGAUCAAACAGAGCCUCUCUACGUCUACAAGGCCAUCCGCCAAAGUUAUCACGACCAAAGACCCAGUCACCGCUCCAACUACACUCAAAGCGGCCUCAGCCAGUCAAGUCUCAUCGGCAAUCCCAGUGAUUACUACAAACACACAAGCCUUAACCAAACACCCUAUACCCACCGCCCUCCCGAUACUCAGCCUAAACACAUCUUCACCACCGACCACCUCAUCAAAAUUCAAACCAACCCCAGUACUCCCACCAACAGCCAGCAACACCCCAAUCACGAUCCUCCCACCUCCAGAUACUGGCAUCUGUAUACCAGCCUUUUGUCCCACAACCUUCACUCUCGAUCCCAGUGCAAUACCAACCGACGAUCCCAUCUCAAUUCCCGAGUCCUGGAGCGGCAUGUGGACAACCGCACCACCACCCCUAACUCUCGCCGAGACCCCAAUGUCAUCAAUCAUACUGCCCGCAUCUCCUCGGCCGGAACAGACAACUUCAGUUUCAAACCCAGGUCCAUCACCGGCAAGCAAGCCAGCAAUUUCACCUCCUCAGUCAGGAUGUCUUCCCGCCUAUUACACACCCGCACCAAUAAUCGCCACGUCUACAGUCUCUACGACAUCCAAUACAUUAGCCAAUUCGACGAGUACACCCCCUUCUUCCAGCCAAUGCACCCACGCAACAACAUCCACAGCCCACAUCUACAGAACCAGCAGCCAUCAACUACAUUCAAGCGUUGUCACUGUGACCAGCUUCCUGACUCCGAUUCCGACCAUGCGUGUGCCUUCUCCUGCGGCUUCGAUUGCACGAGGAAUGGACUUCAAGAUAUUUGCAUUGUUUGCUGGAUUAUGGGCGGUGUUGAUUUUCGUUGGUUAAGCGAGAACCGAGCAUUGUUCAACGAGCUUUGUUACUGAAUGAGUUACGUCAAUUUCGUAGAAUGAAUGGAGUGACGAUCCACGUAUCGAGGCUCUACUGUACAUUGGAUGGCUGCCCGGCUGGCAUAUUGCUUGAUAGUCUGUGAAGACAUCUGAAGCAGCGUCAAUCACUAGUGCGCGCACACGAAUUGGAUUGCUUACCAUGCCAUCCACAUCCUGAGUUCAUCAUUUUGCAGCACGAUGGGUAGAUAGAUAGACGCGAAGAUUUCAGAUAGACCAAGGCAGAGAAUAAAUUGCAA